AUGUCGACGACGAACCCCACGGGGGAGACCACCGAGUGGGACGACCUGCAAAGGAAGUACGGCAAUUUGCCCCCCCUGGAGAAGGAGGUGAAGGAGGAAGAAAUCUACCUGAGCAAUUUGGAAAAACUGCAGAAAAUCAACCCGCUGGAGAGAAAGAACCUGCACGAGCUGACCUUGCUGGAGGAGAGCUGCGUCGACGAGGAGUACCUCAAAAUUAUUGAGAGGUACAAAGCGAAUCGGAUGAACGAAAUAAACAGAAGUAGGUUGCUCGACGUGUUUGGCGAAGUGUACGAAAUUUCGAAGGACAACUUCCUGUGCGAGGUGAACGAGGCCAGUAGGAGGAAGAACCCCCUGGGAGAGCAGGGCGGCCGAUCGGUGGAAAGCACCCGGGGGAAUGAGGAUUUAGAAGAUGAAGAAGAAGCAGCCGCAUCGGCAUUCGCAUCCGCAUCGGCCGGCGCACCCGUGGAAGACGCAGACGGCACGCACGUCGUGGUACACCUUUACUCGGACAACGUCCUCGCAUGCAAAGUGCUCAAUAACGUCCUAAGCCAGAUGGCCAAAAAACACAAAUACGUCAAAUUCACCAAAGGGGUGUAUAACCGAAUUGUAGAAAAUUUUCCCGAGUUUAAGUUGCCCACUCUCCUCAUUUAUUAUAAUGGUGCAUGCAUACAUCAAAUUUGUGACCUGAUGAGUAGCAUACGGGGAGGGGUAAAGAACUUGACUUUGAAGACGUUUGAGCAGUUGAUGGCUAAAUAUAACAUUUUGAGGUACCCCCCAAGUUGGAUGCACAGCGGACAGAGUCUCAGUGACCACACGAUUGAUGGUAGUGAGGAGGAGAGUGAGGAUGGGGGUCGGUACGCUGAGCGGGGGAGCGAUGGGCUUCGUGAUGGCACCAGUCGCACCGAUCGCUAUGCCGAGAAAGGCUCUCGCGUUAGAACGCAUAAGCAGUACACUUCUUUUAAUAUGUUUCGUAGGAAGAAUACAAAUGGGGACUACUCCUCCGACGAGGGGGGGUGGAAAUCCAGGGGCUACGCCUCCUCCAUGCUCGACCGGAAGGUUAGUCAAAGUGAGUUAUAG